AUGGCUGCAGGCGGCAAUGUGGAGGUAACCGUGAAGUUUGAAGAUGUCAUUGUUUAUUUCUCCAAGAACGAGUGGAAGAUUUUAGAGAAGUGGCAAAAGGAUCUGUACUGCAAAGUGUUGGCAGAUAAUUUUGACGCUUUGGUCUUCACAGGGCAUCCCGUCACCAAAUCAGAUAUCUUAGCAUGGCUUGAGCGGUGUGAGCACCUGCACGUCGAAGGAACGUGUCAACCCAGAGCCCGUGAUUCUUCUGGGACUCUUUGUGCAACAAGUGGCAGAGUUGCACAGACGUGCCGUAAUGAACGUGUCGAACAGGUCUGGUCCCUCGCGACGAUACAAGAGAGCGCGAAGGAAGAUGCAGCCCAGUAUGGCGAUGUGGGGGAAACUGAGCGCCUGUACUUGUCAGCGGGCAAGCAAGGAAACCCUAUCAAAGAGGGUCCCUCUCCACACACUGAAUAUAAAAAAGGUGGGCGAGGCUUGGCCAGUUCCACCCAUUCCCAGAGGACAGUCACAACACCGACACAGUAUAAAUGUGGAGAGUGCGGCAAGAGGUUCCGGUUGAAAGCGCUGCUUCGGAUCCAUCAGAAGAUCAGCAUGAGGAAUGAGUCCUUUCCUUGCCCUAAAUGUGGGGUGCGUUUUCCUAGUCCCUCGCACCCGAGAACCCACCUUCAAGCAUGUGCAGAGAGAGGGACGGACUCCUUUCAGGAGACUCGGCUGAGCAGGCGCCAUGGGAACCAAGCCCUGGAGAGGUUGCACUGCUGCGCAGACUGCGGGGCAAGCUUCCGUAGAUACCUUGACCUCCUGCGACACCAGAAAAGCCACGACGAAGCCAAGCCCUGGCCGUGUCCUCAGUGCGGGGCCGUGUUCAUGUACCGAAGCGACCUUGCGCUGCACGAGGAGAGCCACCUCGACGAAGCGCUGCACGAGUACGCUGCCUGCGGGGAAAACUGCCUCUGUGAAUGUUCCCUCCUGCUGCAUUUUGCCUCCCACCGUGGGCAGGGCGUGGGCGCUGGCAGCCCUGAGCCACGGGGCCACGAGCAGCUGCUGCCGGCAGCGUGCAGCAAAGAAGAGAAGCCCUACUCCUGCGCUCAGUGCGGGUUGCUGUUCAGGUUAGAAGUGAACUUGGAAGUGCAUUACAGAUACUGUCACAAGGAGUGGCUGCCGAAGCGUGGGUCAAACGGCGCUGCCCAGCUCCCCCUCUCGUGGCCCCAGAAAGUUCACGCUGAACAAACAAACAACCCAUCCGUGCUUGGGGGCCGUCAGGGUGACCGCUGGGGUUCUCAGCACCCCUCACAGCCCUCCGCUCCGCACGCUUGCGCGGACUGCGGCAAGUGUUUCGUCUCGAAGUUGAAGCGCUGCAAACACCGGCGGAAGCACAACGCAAGGGAGCCCGGAGGCGUUGCCGAGCAGGGCUCCGUGGGCAGCGUGGGGCCCCCCAAGACGGCUUACGUGACAAAGAAGCUGCACAAAUGCCAGCAAUGUGGGGAUAAGUUUGUUUACAAGUGGCAGCUGGUGGCUCACCUGAAAGGCCACGGAAAGGACGGAUGCUGCCUCUGUACUUACUGUGGGGAGAAAUUUGGGUGCAGAAGUAGCCUUAGAAAGCACCACCAAAGGCACAGGGAGGCGGCAGUGAGCGAAAACGGCACCUCCUUGGAGGACUUCGGCGCCGCGGCCACGAAUCGGAGAACGUGCGCAACGAUGCGGCGUUACCCGUGUGAGUGUGGCAAGCACUUUCCCAAAUUCUACUUGCACAUUCAUCAGGCGUUUCAUGCGGGAGUGAGGUACAGGUGCCGAGUGUGCGGGAAAGUUUGUAACUUUAAGAGCGCAGCAGUUGCACACAGCAAGAGCCACAGAGGUCGGUGGGAUGUCUCUAAUCGUCCCGAGCUUAAGGAGCUGUCCGGAUCCAAGCCCUGGUGCUGCACGAUCGAAAAAAUUCACCUUGCCCCGGCGUCACAGCCGCAUGGUCAGGAAGGAAUGUCUCAGCCUGGAGAAGGUUUUCCGCCCACGUACUUGUAUCCAGAGUGCGCGGAGGGGAUCUCUCCCCAAAGUCGCUUUCCCUUCGAGCAGCGCGUCUCAGGACGGGAGCAGAGCGCCCAAGCGGAGCAUCGAAAGAAGCCCCGUCGGAAAGCGAAGCUUAAGCCGGCGUCUCGGCACAGCUUGCCGAAGCCCUUCAGGUGCAGAGACUGCGGGAAAGAUUUUGCCUACUUUGGUCGUCUGGUCAUGCACCGCAGGGCGCACACGGGCGACUUCCCUUUCCAGUGUGCCGAAUGCGGCAAGGGUUUCAUCCACAAAUGUUAUCUCAACUUGCACUGGAAAAUACAUGCCAAGGAGAGCGUGUGA